CUAAGAGCGCGAGCUCCAUCAGAGCAGUGCAACUUUCCAAACGCUCAGUCUCCUGCACUGCGGAAAAUAGAGACCGCGGCGUAAACCCGUACUUACCUGAGCGUAAAAGCGUUUUCCCCCUCACCGUACACGCUGUAGCUUGCUUUAAAGAAAACAAAAUGCACGCUGGAGCCGAAGCGCCUUGAGGAGUUGUCGUUAUGCGAGCUCGCCACUGUGGACAUGGCAGAUCUGCGCACAUCCGGGCCACUGCGUCGGGACUCCAUUAUUCCCAAUUAACUGUGAAAGUAGCUGGCUAGCAUAGCACGACAUAGCAAGAGAGACGGGGGAAAACCUCACACUGCUUAUUUUAUUUUUUACACGGAGAUUCUGCGCUCAAGCUGGAAAGUUAAAGAAGAUGUCCAAUCAAGGGGGAAGGAGAAAUGGACCCGUGAAGUUGCGUUUAACAGUGCUCUGUGCGAAGAAUCUAGCGAAGAAAGACUUCUUUCGCCUGCCUGACCCCUUUGCCAAGGUGGUUGUGGACGGUUCAGGACAGUGUCACUCCACAGACACUGUGAGAAACACACUUGACCCCAAAUGGAACCAACACUAUGACCUAUACAUCGGGAAGUUGGACUCCAUCACUAUUAGCGUGUGGAACCAUAAGAAAAUCCACAAGAAGCAGGGUGCUGGCUUUCUGGGCUGUGUACGGCUCCUCUCCAACUCCAUCAACCGCCUCAAAGACACAGGCUAUCAGAGAUUGGAUCUAAACAAAUUGGGACCCAAUGACAGUGACACAGUGAGGGGUCAGAUAGUAGUGAGUCUUCAAUCUAGAGACAGGAUUGGCACUGGUGGGCCUGUGGUGGACUGCAGCCGUCUAUUUGACAACGAUUUACCUGAUGGCUGGGAGGAGAGGAGAACCGCGUCUGGUCGGAUUCAAUACCUGAACCACAUCACACGCAGCACGCAGUGGGAGAGGCCAACCAGGCCAGCAUCGGAGUACUCUAGUCCUGGUCGUCCCCUUAGUUGUUUGGUCGAUGAGAACACCCCCAUCAUGACUCCCAAUGGGGCAGCGGGUGCUCAGGCAGGCGAGCUGCGAGUGCAGGAGCGGCGCGUGCGCUCACAGAGACACAGAAAUUACAUGAGCCGAACUCACCUGCAUACACCACCGGACCUCCCUGAGGGCUACGAGCAGCGGACCACGCAGCAGGGUCAGGUGUACUUCCUGCACACUCAGACAGGCGUCAGCACAUGGCAUGACCCCAGAGUGCCGAGGGAUCUUAGUAAUGUGAAUUGUGAGGAGCUGGGGCCGCUGCCUCCAGGAUGGGAGAUUCGGAACACAGCCACGGGCCGUGUCUACUUUGUUGACCACAACAACAGAACGACACAGUUCACAGACCCGCGGCUCUCUGCCAACCUGCACCUUGUCCUCAAUCCCAGUCCUAACGGUUCACGAGGUGCUGUUGAGGCUCCGAACAGUCGUGUGGGUCAUCUGAAAGAGCAGGCCCAGACAGUGCUGUCACCCGGAAAUCUGCCCGAUGAUGCCGAGUGUCUCACCGUGCCCAAAUACAAGAGAGACCUGGUUCAGAAGCUGAAGAUCCUCCGGCAGGAACUUUCUCAGCAGCAGCCGCAGGCAGGGCACUGCCGCAUCGAGGUGUCCCGCGAGGAGAUCUUUGAGGAGUCAUAUAGGCAGGUGAUGAAGAUGAGGCCAAAAGACCUGUGGAAGAGACUGAUGGUGAAGUUCAGAGGAGAAGAAGGGCUGGAUUAUGGAGGCGUAGCAAGAGAGUGGUUAUACCUUCUGUCUCAUGAGAUGUUGAACCCAUACUAUGGGCUCUUCCAGUAUUCACGUGAUGACAUCUACACGCUGCAGAUCAACCCUGACUCUGCCGUCAACCCGGAGCACUUGUCCUAUUUUCACUUUGUGGGCCGCAUAAUGGGUAUGGCCGUGUUCCACGGUCACUACAUUGAUGGCGGCUUCACUCUACCCUUCUACAAACAGCUGCUGGGCAAACCCAUCACUCUGGAUGACAUGGAGUCUGUAGAUCCUGAUCUCCACAAUAGCCUUGUCUGGAUCCUUGACAACGACAUCACUGGGGUGUUAGACCACACAUUCUGUGUAGAACACAAUGCAUAUGGAGAGAUCAUUCAGCAUGAACUCAAACCCAACGGCAAGAGCAUUCCGGUCACUCAGGACACCAAGAAGGAAUACGUCAGGCUUUAUGUGAAUUGGCGCUUCCUGAGAGGCAUCGAGGCUCAGUUUCUAGCCCUGCAGAAAGGCUUUAACGAGGUCAUACCCCAACAUCUGCUCAAAGCCUUUGACGAGAAAGAGCUAGAGCUCAUUGUGUGCGGCCUGGGAAAGAUCGACGUUAACGACUGGAAGUCCAACACACGGCUGAAGCACUGCACCCCUGACAGCAACAUUGUGAAGUGGUUCUGGCGCGCUGUCGAAUCGUUUGAUGAGGAACGCAGAGCUCGGCUGUUGCAGUUUGUCACCGGCUCAUCACGAGUGCCACUGCAGGGUUUCAAAGCCCUACAAGGAGCUGCAGGUCCACGUCUGUUCACCAUCCAUCAGAUCGAUGCCAGCACUGAUAACCUGCCCAAGGCUCAUACAUGCUUCAACCGCAUUGACAUUCCUCCAUAUGAGCACUACGACAAGCUCUAUGACAAACUCCUGACGGCCAUAGAAGAGACCUGUGGCUUUGCUGUCGAGUGAUUCCUGCCACCAGAGGGCAUGCGAAGGGAGGAAAGAUGUGUAGUCACUCUACACCCAUUGGGUGUGACGUAUGGGCCAGUAGCACUGCCCCUGUUAUCAGAAGAAGGGACAGAAUUAGGAAUAGGUUGUUGAGGAUGGAACAUUUUGGUUUCUCUGCUUCCCUGCAUAUUUUUUUUUUUACUGAAGAAUGGACUUCAUAUUUCAGCUGCUAGUAACUCUCUGACUUUAUACUUUUUUUUUUUGGAACUUGCAAAGAUGUUGUCUCUUCUUCUUUUUUCUUUCUUUUUUUAAGCAUUAAUGGGGAAAAAAUGAGAGACAGUAUUUCAUGUAGCGUCUGUACCCAACUGACUGAGGAAAAAAGAGACACCGGUGGGGUACCAGCAGAACAUUGCUGUGUGACCAUACAGAGUAGCAGUACUGCCCAUUCUGGAGGCAAAUAGAAAUAUGCCAGUGGCAGCUACAUCUGUAGUUUAAUGCAUUGUGCUCAAACAUCUUGUUGCACAAUGGACAUUUGGGACCCUUUGAUGAAGGCAUUCAGAAUAAGUGUCCUAUUGGCCACUUUUAAGCCCCUAAAGACUAUUUCAGUUACUUGUGCUCCAUUCACUAAAACCAGUCUCAGCAGCAGUCUGACUUACAAGCUUCUUUAAUAGAAAAAAUUAAUGAUUUGAUUAGGUGUCAGUAGUCCGGUGUUAUUUUUAUAUGAUGCAGACUGGAGCAGUAACAAAACAAAAAAAAACAGCAAAAAAAAGAUAUGCAGAUGGGUGACGAAGGAAUAAACAACUUUGUCUUUGCCUACAUGUUUCUGGGACUGUACUGGAGGGUUGAAAUGAAUACCAUUUUUUCCAAAAACUAUUCCCACCAUUGGUGUAUUGAUGAUUGAGAUUGAGAGCGCUGUCUAACACUCUCCCAUAGGUGUUAAAAUGUGUUGAUAACCGGUGAUUACGAAUGCCACAGCAUAUUAUUUACAUCAUCAUCACCACAGUGUCCUCUCGUUCACUGUGGAGUGAGUGGGAUCAUCCUGGAAGAGGCAGUUCCCAACAGGAUAGAGGGAAUCAGUCAGAAUGACUUUAUUGCUUUGCAGUAACUCUUCCCUUGCAAACCAUGCCAGGAAAAUGUCCCCCAGUAUAACAGAGCAGCUUUUUCUUUGUCACCCACCUGUAGAUGCAUCAUUUAUUACCAUACUUUAGAAACAGUUGUUGUUGCAAAAAUGAAGUAGAAUAUGUACAUUGCAUUGUCACCGAUGACUACCAGGUGACUUUUAUUGUGGCUAUUUAAAAAAGCUGAAUGUUUUUAAAGAACUUAUUUUUUAGCGGCAUUAAGUUUUUGAAUUAAUUAUUUGACUCCAUCAAAGGUGGAUCUCCUAAGGCCUAACCAAAUGUGUAUGUAUGCAGAUGCAUAUGUAGGAGCAUGCUGAUGAGGUGGUAGAUGUAUUUCAUUUUGUGUCCUUCAGUCACAGAUUCUUAGUUAUGUUACUGUCCUGUGUUUUGACAAAUCCCACCUAAAAAAAAAUAAAUCAAAUAAAAACCUCAAGCGUUAGGAUAAGACAGAUUGGGUAAGCUAAAUACUAACACUAACUUGCUCUACUUUGACCUAUGAUCUUAAAUGGGGGUAGUUUUAAUUCCUCCACCGAAAUUCAAUCCACUUGUCCUUCUGAACAGUUGAAUCAGUUUGAGCUGCAAGUGGACAGUUAUUGAUGCUUAAUGAUGAUGAAUAAUGAAGUAUUUUCAAAAUGAUGUAAUUAAAAUGUUAGGGUUGAUAUCAGUCAUGUAAUUUGUGAGGGGGAAAAAGUGGCAGUGAUUAAAUAUAAAGGAUAAUUGUUAACAGUAUACCGGAAUGCCUCCCUUGUACCAUUUGUAUUCUUUUAAACAUGUAGCUUCAAAUAUAGUGCAACGCUUUUAUUCCAGAGUCAUUAUAGGAUUCCCAAGCAACAUUUUUGAUUAUUAUAUAAUGGGUUAAUUUUUUUUUAUCGUCUUUAACAAGACAUAUUUAUUUUUAUUUUAUAAGCUCAUAUAGAUGGUUGAAUGAAAUGCUCCUUGUCUAUAGCAAUCCUCUAUGACCAUGGACUGUUGUUAAAAAUUUGCAUAUGCUGAAAAUGAAUUACACUUCUUCUUGUAUUACUUUUUUUUUUAUAGACUGUGUGUGUGUGUGAUUGUGUGUGUGUGUGUGUUGGGGGAGUGAAAAAGAGGAAAAAAAAGCCUCUGGGUAAGUCAAUUGAAAUAUCCUGAGAAGGUGCUUUGUACAGUAAUAGAAUAUUGUCCUUAUACAGCUAUGUGGAUCACAAAAUGUCAUAUAUCUUUAACUUAAAUAGAAAGAUGUAAAAGAAAAAAAUACAUUGGGGUAAAAAGUACAUUUUGCACACAUUCAGACUGUAAUUGCUGUAAAUAAUAGGCAAAAUCUAUUUACCAAACUCUUUAUGAAUGGACUGAUUUAAAAAAAAAAAAACAAUUUGUUUACUCUCAAGUCCAGUGCACACAUACAGAUUCUCUCCUUGUAGUCUUUUCUCUCUCCUACGCUUUCUGUCACUCUUUUGUUGUACAGCUGCCUCCAGGAUGUUGGACUGGACAUUGUAUUGCUCUGUUAAAAUUUGAGACGCAUCUCUGGUUUAUUUCAGCAUGACUUACUAGCAGGCCUAUAUCUCCUAGUUGACAGGUGCAAUUUGUUUAAUGUAACAUCUUUUUUGUAAGAGUAUUUUAUUUUUGUGUGUAAUUAGUUCUGAUUAAAAACUGGCCUUUGGCACCAAUAA